UCCCAACCCAACACACUAUACAAAUUAGGGUUGCACAUUUCUUUCAUUUAUACAUAGCAGCCGCCGGAGUGAAGCAGAGCCUUCAACCACCGCCGACACCAUGGGUAUCUCACGUGACUCUAUGCACAAGAGACGUGCCACCGGAGGCAAGCAGAAGACCUGGAGGAAGAAGCGAAAGUACGAGCUCGGAAGACAGCCAGCUAACACGAAGAUCUCGAGCAACAAGACUGUGAGGAGAGUUAGAGUUAGGGGAGGUAAUGUGAAGUGGAGAGCACUUAGGUUAGACACUGGGAAUUACUCAUGGGGAAGUGAAGCUGUUACCCGCAAGACUCGUAUUCUUGAUGUGGUGUAUAACGCGUCAAACAACGAGCUUGUGAGAACACAGACUCUUGUGAAAAGUGCUAUUGUGCAAGUGGAUGCUGCUCCAUUUAAGCAAUGGUACUUGCAACAUUAUGGGGUUGAUAUUGGUAGGAAGAAGAAAGUUGCUGCUGCUCCUACUCCUAAAAAGGAGGGAGAGGAAGGAGAAGCAGCAACAGAAGAAGCCACAAAGAGCAACCAUGUCCAGAGAAAGAUUGAGAAGCGUCAAGAAGGGCGCAAACUUGAUUCACAUGUUGAAGAGCAGUUCAGCUCUGGAAGGCUCUAUGCUUGCAUUUCUUCUCGCCCAGGUCAAUGUGGCCGAGCUGAUGGUUACAUUUUGGAGGGCAAAGAGCUUGAGUUCUACAUGAAAAAGCUUCAAAAAAAGAAGGGCAAAGGUGCUGCUGCAUAAGCUUACCGUGUAUGUUAAUUUCUUCAACGUUGGGUCGUUUUAGUAUGUUGGAUGUUUUUGUGCUGUUUGGUUUAUUUAUCUAGAGUUCUAGACCAUGUUAUAACUUGUUUUAGUUACAUGUUUGGUGCAAUCUGGGCAUGAAGGUCAUACAAUUAUCGGUUCCUUGCAUAACUUUUGUUGUCUUGUAUGACUGUCAAUUCUAAGCUUGGCUUGGGCAUGGUAUUUUUGUUGAAAGUACCAUGGGUAUUAUUAUUCUGCCAUCUUUUUGAGCCAUUUGGUGAAAAAUGUCAAGGGUUAUUUGAAA